CGCGCCUCCAGUCACAUGACUCCGGGUUUCUUCGGAGCAGCAGUAGCUCGGAUCGUUUCCUCGUCCAGCAGAAAGAAGAUUUUCAAGAGUUUUAACCUAAAUAAGAAGUUCAGAUCUGAGGAGGCUGCAGUUCUUCAUCAUCAUCAUCUUCAUCACCUUCCUACUUCCGGCUCCAGCUGCUCGGACUCGGAAUGAGGCUGUUUCUGCUCGUCUUAACCUCGGUUCUCUGUGGAACCUCCGUCGCCCUCGACAACGGCCUCAUGAGGACUCCUCCUAUGGGAUGGUUGGCAUGGGAACGCUUCCGCUGCGACAUCGACUGCUACAACGACCCGAAGAACUGCAUCAGUGAGACUCUGUUCACCGACAUGGCCGACCGGCUGGCUGAGGACGGCUGGAGGGAGCUGGGCUACGUCUACGUCAACAUCGACGACUGCUGGUCCUCCAUGGAGCGGGACCAACAGGGACGUCUGCAGGCCGACCCCAAGAGGUUUCCAAUGGGAAUCCGUAACCUGUCACAGUACAUGCACGCCCGUGGCCUGAAGCUGGGUAUCUAUGGCGAUAUGGGCAGCCACACCUGUGGAGGUUACCCCGGGACGCCGCUGGACAAGAUCGAGCUGGACGCCCAGACGUUCGCCGACUGGGAGGUGGACAUGUUCAAAUUCGACGGCUGCUACUCCAACGCCUCGGAGCAGGAGAAAGGUUACCCUCUGAUGUCAAAGGCUCUGAAUGCUACCGGACAUCCUAUUGCAUACUCCUGCAGCUGGCCGGCCUAUCAGGGAGGCCUGCCACCAAAGGUGAAUUACACUCAGCUGGGUAAGAUCUGCAACCUGUGGCGUAACUAUGGCGACAUCCAGGACUCGUGGGGGAGCGUUCUGAGCAUCGUGGACUGGUUCUUCGAUAACCAGGAUGUUCUGGCUCCAGCAGCAGGACCUGGACGCUGGAACGACCCCGACAUGCUGAUCGUGGGAGACUUCGGCCUCAGCCUGGACCAGUCCCAGACCCAGAUGUCGCUGUGGGCCAUCAUGGCGGCUCCUCUGUUCAUGUCCAACGACCUGCGGACCAUCAGCGCCGACGCUCGCAGAAUCCUUCAGAACAAGGUCCUGAUCGGCAUCAACCAGGACCCGCUGGGCAUCCAGGGCCGGCGCAUCGUCAAGGAGAAGUACGGCAUCGAGGUGUUCUGGCGGCCGUUACAGAACAACGUCAGCGCUCUGGUGUUCUUCAGUCGUCGUAGCGACAUGCCGUACCGCUACCACACAUCUCUGAAGAAACUCAACUACGCCACCGGAAACUACAAGCUCUUUGACGCCUUCACCUCCAGGACCACGCUGGUCAAAGACGCCACAGACUUCGUGGUGUCGGUGAAUCCUUCGGGUGUCGUCACGUUUUUAGUCUCCGCUCCCGCCACAAUAAACCGCCGGCAGUUCUACAAUGGCGGGAAACUCCACGGGCCGUCCUUCGAAGACGCCGAGGAAAACUCUCUUCCUCCAGUGUUCCUCUGAUAAAACCAGCGUCUAAUGAUCGCACUGAUGUUUAAUGAAAGGUUCUGAUUAGAUUGAAGCUGCUGUUCGGCACUCGGAGGAUUUAUUUCACACAUUAUUAGCUCUAAAUUGUGUUUUUCAAAGUGCCUUUUAUUUCACGCUCAGGGAUCGAAUCAGAUUUUUGAUUUCAAAGCUUCACAUUGAAAGGGAGAUUUUAACGAAUGCUCGGUUUUAUGAAUUAUAGUUCCCCCUAAUGCUGCACAAGAACCUGUAAAAAUGACUUUUUAUGUGAAAUGAUUCUGUGAAUUUGUGUCUUUUGCUUUGAAUUAAAGACUUUUUUCAGUCAGA